AAGUUUUCCGUGUAAAUAAAUAUUGCAGUUUUGACAAAACAAAACAGUGCUUGAUCCAUGGACGAGUGAAAAAGUGGAAAAGUUUGUUAAUUUAACAUAAAAAAAUAAGUAGUGACAUGGGGCACCAAUCGUCAACCAGCCCGGCAAAUCUUUGCCGUGUCUGCAUCCGAGACAUAACCUACGUUCCGGCGGAAAACAUAUUCUAUCCCUCCAGUCCGGACUGCCUCAGCAUUCACGCCAAACUCAGUGCAAUUUGCUCCGAGUUGUUUGCUCCUGACCAAAGACUGUCCCUAGCUGAUGGAACAAUGCAGCUGAUGCCUCUCAGGGUCUGCUUGAGAUGCAAAUCCAGAAUAAAUGAAGCCUACGAGCUGCAUCAACUGUGUCUGGACAACAACCGGAAGAUCAUGCAAAUGUUGGAGAAAGUUAAAGAGGAGCCUGUGGAUGAGAUUCAGACUGAACCCACCCGUGAGCAGUUGCCCGAAAAUUCCGUGGAAUGUCCCAGCGAAGCAGUGAAGGAAUCGGAGAAAUUACCAGUCAAACUAAAAUCUACUAGCGUAAGAAAGGGGGGUCAGAAAUCCAGGAAGAUAAGUUGCAAGAAAUGUUCGGCAGUGAAGAUAAAUGCCCGGGCGAUGUUGAGACACAUGAAACUGGAACAUCCCGACGAGUUGCUGCAUUGUUCCAAGGUCACAGGGCACAGGUGUAAUAGAGUUUACUAUGACCAAGCCAAGCUGGACGAACAUAUUGUAGUCCAUUCGCAGGAAAAGAAAUGCGAAUGUCCAAAUUGCAAAAAACUAUUCAAAACUCCCAGAGAAGUCAGAGUCCACCUGACAAGUUGCACCGGGCAAAAGCCGUAUCUGUGCACGGAAUGUGGCAAAGCAUUUUCCUACGCCGUCAGCCUGAAGAAUCAUCUGAUGCUUCACAAGGAGAAAGCCUACGCAUGCGACCGAUGCCCUUCGAAGUUUCGCCAGAAGGGAGCUCUGAAGUGUCACAUGUUGACGCACGAGAAAAUAAGAAAUUUUCACUGUGAUACGUGUGGAGCCGGAUUUAUUCAUAAGAAUAAUUUGGUGAACCAUAUGACGACUCAUACAGGUGAAAAACCGUAUGCUUGUGAUCUAUGUCCUAUGAGAUUUAGGACUCUUGAUAGUAUGCGUCGACAUUUUCGAACUCACACUGGCGAAAAGCCAUACAAAUGCACCCACUGCGAUCGUACCUUUGCCCAAACCAACGAUCUGGCUAAGCACAGCAAAAUCCACUUUGGCGAUAAUCCAUACAAAUGUGAAAUGUGUGAUGCAGCGUUCCGCCUAUUGUCUGAUCUCAGGAACCACUACAAGGUGCACUAUGAAGCAGGUGGAAGCCAAAAUCAAAAUCAUCUUCCAGAGGAGGUGCGGUUCACCAUCGUUAGCACAUUGAACAGGCGCGCUGAGCAGGAGAAGGAUCGGAAAAGUCAGCAACAGGUUGAUACAACAUUGAAUGAACAAAUCCAGUCUGGAGAGAACCAAACAAUUCCAGCAGAUCAUUGGAUAGCUUCGAUGGGAAUAGAGAAUAAGAUAUGAUAAUAUAAUGAAUAAUAUCUAACAUCUAACUAUCGUGUGUGAUCCGAAAGCUGUCGUGUGCAAGUAGGAAACCCCUUUGUAGACUAAAUUCACUGUUGACGUGUUAUACCACAACGAUCUUCAUCAUGGAAGCUUUUGAAGAUGCUUGCCCUCUGCGAUCUGUGAAAACCACAAAAGGAAUCCCUUGGUAGAACUCUGAUCUGGUGAAACUCAGGAAACAAUGUAGAAAGAGUUGGAACGGACGGCGUUCGGCUGGAUCAGAGGCUUUCAGGUCGGCUCGCAAGGCCUACAAGAAAGCUCUUCGAUCUGCUGAAGAACGUGCCUUUCAAUGUCAUAUUGGAAGCCGCACGAGACGGGGUCAUGGUAUAUCUCCAAUGAUUUCCAAUUGGAUUCACCAAAUGCUCAAAAACCGACAUCAGAUGAUUCUUUUCUCGACAAUGCAUCAAGCGGCGAUAUAGGAAAUUGAGUGUUUGUAGAUGCCCCCAAGGGGGAGUCUUGGCACCGCUUUUGCGGAAUUUCGUAGCAGUUCAGGUAGUUAAGGGUUGGUGCCGCCAAUAUGGGCUUCCGGUCAAUACGAGUAAAACAUCUAUUGUUCUUUUCACGGAAAAGCGAACCCGUAAUAGCGUUCGAUCUUUGCGUAUCUUUGAUUCUGAAAUCGGUGUGACUGAACAGGUAAGUACGUUGGAGUUAUUCUUGAUUUCAAGCUUUCCUGGACACCUCACAUUGAGUUCAGAAUCAAAAAAGCUUGUAUGGCCUUCGGGCAAUGCCAGCCAACCUUUGGUACAACUUGGUGAAACCCAAGUACAUAUAUCAAAUGGAUUUACACAACUGUUUUGCGACCAAUAUUGGCAAAAGGGCUAUAUAUACUUAUAAGUAAGAACGAUAUGCUUAAUGGCGAUGUCUGGAGCGUUCUCUUCAACUCCCACGGCAGCGACCGAAGCUCUCUUAGACGUUGCCCCAUUAAUUCAUCUUAAUCAAGAAGCCGUUUCUUGUACUUACCGUCUACGGGUACUUGGUCUAGUACAGGAAACUCCUGUGGACACGCCUUGUUGUUUCCACUUUUGAUGAAUUGG